CAAGGAUUUGUAUGGUGCUGUUCCAAAUCCCACUCAGUCAAAGGUCAGACGAGAUGUUGAUUUGAUUGGAGGAUGUUGUUCUUCAGACUUAUGCAAUAAAUACAAUGAACCUGAUAAAAUACCCGCCCCUACUAUAAAUCCUGUCCAACCUUCUGGUAAAACAGAUGGAGUUAGUGCUGCCUGUUCAGAGAUGGACACUGAAGUUUGUCGAUACCUUUCGGAAAACAAUGGAUGUGACCAGACUUGUGUGGCUUCUUUGUGUCCACAGACUUGUGGCAAAUGUUCUCUUACAUGCUAUGAAUGUGCAAGUAUUGACAUGCCAGAACAUUGCAGAGACAGAGUAAUGUGCGAUGGACAUAAGGAAAGUUGUAUAGCUGUUGAGAGUCACAUAUUCAAUUUUAAAGAAGGAUAUAAAUUAGGAUGUGUUGCCAAACAGAAUUGCAAGGAUUUGUUAGCAAUGCACAUAGAAGGAGUGUGCUGUGACAGUAAUUUUUGCAAUGGGAAUUAUGUUCCAUCGACGACUCUCAUUCAGCCAACUUCAACAGUAGUCCCAACAACGGCAUCAGCACAGAGUCAACUUGGUCUUCCUACAGGUUGUAAACCUAGUUUUGAACAUGAAUGCCCACUGAGAUUUAUCCGAAAAGGACAAAGCUGCUACUUCUUUGGUCAACACGCAAGAACAAUGCAUGACGCAAGGAAUGUGUGUAAAUAUUUUUGUACGAGACUCGUUAUUAUUAGCAGCAAAAGGGAAAAUUUGGCAAUAUCCCAACUCUUAAGUCAACAGCGACAUCAGGCUAAUCGUUACUGGCUAGAUGCUUAUAGGAACUCGUCAAGUUUCAGCGGCCCAUGGCACUGGAGGAGCACAGGUGAUAUAUUACGGAGACAAACGUACUCUCAUUGGAGACCUGGAUCACAUGAUCAAACCAAACCUGAUGGCGAACAUUGCGCUAGCAUUGGAAAGGCUGAAUCCGGGGACUCGGAUAACGGAUAUUACUGGGACCGCAGAAGCUGUACAAUUCAUGCGCCUGCAAUCUGUGAAUAUCCUCUAGGGCAUGAACCUUGAAAAAUAAAUAAAGGAUUAAAAACGAUUGUAGACUUU